AGCUGAAGAGCUGGAGACAGCACUAAUGGAGAUGGUCAAGCAGGAUAAUCGGCGGCAACUAAGUGCAAAGGUCGAACAGUUGGAGCAAGAGGUAGCUGAACUACGGCAGGCACUUGCAGAUAAGCAGGAACAAGAACGUGCGAUGCUUCAGGUCCUAAUGCGGGUGGAGCAAGAACAAAAGGUGACUGAAGAUGCUCGUAGAUUUGCUGAACAAGAUGCAGCUGCUCAGAGAUAUGCUGCUAAUGUCCUUCAGGAAAAAUAUGAAGGGGCCAUGGCGUCACUUGCACAAAUGGAGAAGCGGGCAAUUAUGGCAGAAACAAUGCUAGAAGCUACCUUGCAAUAUCAAUCUGGCCAAGUUAAAGCACAAUCUCCUAGAUCGGUGCAGCAGGAUUCUUCAGCAGUCCGAGUUACUCAGGAGCCUACACAGGACAUGCCCACAAGAAAAGUCAGUUUGCUGUCUAGACCAUUUGGACUCGGCUGGCGUGAUUGGAACAAGGGAAAAUUGAGCAAUCCUGAGGAGCCAAGUGAAGGCAAUUCCAACGAGUCAGAACAGAGUCCAGUUACACCGCACAAGGACAUGAAUGACCCACAAGAGCAAGAAAAAUAGGAUGCGAUUAAGGAUGAUCAAUUUGAGAGUAUUCUGGGAGCUCCCCAAUUUGCUCUCUUUCCACCCAGCUAUAAUGUUCUCAUAUCCUAAAUGAUUGUACUGUGGAAAUUUUCCAUGCAUGAGCUUGUAUAAUACACCUAUCCUUUUUAGGUAUGAGAGCUAUCCUCCUGUAUCAAUAUCAAUCCGUAGAGCUAAAAAAUUUAGUCUCUGGUAGUAAUUUGUUAGGCAGAAUCAAUGUAGUGGUGUGGCUCAUUAUUUGUUGUUCAUUUAUUACUAAUAAUAGAUGAGAAAAAUGAACUUUAAUCA